ACAUUUCGGCUGUUCCAUCAAUUGUGCAUAUGAGCGCAUCGUCACCUAUUCUAUCUGUGUUUGUCGAUUGUAGUACGUAAGGUUAAUUUCUCUGAUGAAAAUAAGUCUUCAUUAAUUUUAUGUAUUAAUUGUAAUGUUCGCAAAUUCGAUUUACCGGAUGUAAGUAUUAAACAGGUGCGCGAAAGUGUGUGGAAAUCGCUUCAGCUCACAAGGCCUUUCACCACACCCAAGGAAAACAGGACUACCGGAACGAGACUAGGAGAUUCCUGGUGAACUGGCAAGGCCUACCGGUACCAAGGAAAGGUUCUACUCCCCAGAAUCAGUUUUACAAUUUCACAUGUGUUGGCCUAAGGAUAUAGCCGACUAAUUUAUUGUCGGUUGGACUUGAGUAGAAAGGAACAGAGAAAGACUCGCCGACACACACUACCAUCAUGGCGUGUUGUUUGAGCGAAGAAGCGAAGGAGCAAAAACGGAUUAAUUGCGAAAUAGAAAAGGAACUGAGGAAGGCUAAAAGAGAUGCCAGACGGGAGUUGAAACUUUUGCUUUUAGGAACUGGAGAGUCUGGAAAAAGUACAUUCAUCAAACAGAUGAGAAUUAUCCAUGGAACCGGCUACUCCGAGGAGGACAGACGAGGCUUCAUCAAGAUCGUCUACCAAAACAUCUUUAUGGCCAUGCAUUCGAUGAUUAGGGCUAUGGACACCAUCAAGAUCGCGUUUGAAGUCGCAGACAAUGAGGAGAAUGCGACCAUGAUCAGACAGGUUGACUAUGAGACUGUAACCACACUGGACUCGCAGUCAGUAGAGGCGAUUCAGUCACUGUGGGCCGACGCUGGCAUACAGGAGUGCUAUGAUAGGCGGAGAGAGUACCAGCUCACAGACUCCGCCAAAUAUUACUUAGAUGACGUUGAUAGGAUUGCGGCACCUAACUAUCUGCCCACAAUUCAAGACAUCUUACGUGUGAGGGUUCCGACUACAGGUAUAAUAGAAUACCCCUUUGAUCUGGACAGUAUAAUAUUUAGAAUGGUGGAUGUGGGAGGACAGAGGUCUGAACGGCGCAAGUGGAUCCACUGUUUUGAAAAUGUCACGUCCAUCAUGUUUCUUGUAGCCUUAAGUGAAUAUGACCAGGUUCUUGUGGAAUCUGAUAAUGAGAAUCGAAUGGAGGAAUCGAAGGCACUGUUUAGGACUAUCAUUACUUAUCCCUGGUUCCAGAACUCCUCCGUCAUCCUCUUUCUCAACAAAAAAGACCUACUCGAGGAGAAGAUUAUGCACUCACACCUCGUAGACUAUUUUCCAGAAUUUGAUGGGCCAAAGAAGGAUGCUCAGUUGGCUCGCGAGUUUAUAUUACGGAUGUUUGUGGAUUUAAAUCCCGAUCCAGAUAAGAUAAUUUAUUCACAUUUUACGUGUGCAACAGAUACGGAAAACAUUAGGUUCGUGUUUGCGGCUGUGAAGGAUACUAUUCUACAGCUAAAUCUAAAGGAAUACAAUUUAGUGUGAGGAUGACCUUUACCAGCAGGUCAAAGGUCAGGUACGCCCACCUGCAUAGACAGUUCAUUGGUGUACAUUAAUAAGGGGAGGACACUAGCCUGGUGGCCUUUGACCCCAGUUAGUAACCUCUGACCUCAUCCAAUUACCAUCUCUGACACGUGGCCUUGGCUUGAUCGACAUUUAACACACAUUUGUUACGAGCCGGCCCAUUGUUUGAUUGUGGGCCGGGUGAUCAUCAAGCUGGUGUUGUAAUGGCCGGUUUUAUCUUGAACCGGUUUUAUUAACAAUUCAAAAGUCGGUUUAAUUUAAAACGGUUUUAUACAUAUAUAUACAUACAUAUAUAUAUAUAUAUAUAUAUACAUUUAAAAGAAAACUGGUUUUCUUGUGGUGUGAGCUGGAUUUGUCUGGCUCAAGGCUGCGUACCAGUCAGUGCACGCGACAUUGUGUCAUGUUUUUGGGAGAUAACAACAUUUUAAGAGAAGCACUUACGGAGCUUGAGCUAUUGGACGCCAUCUACAUUCGUCAAUAUAUGUAGUGACCACCACCAACAUACACGGUGGCCAUUUUGAAUGCGUGCUAGUAAUUAAAAAAAAACUUUUUAUUUAAAAAAAAAAACCUGUGAUUGUUGUGACAAGAGAUAAAAUGCAUUGUCCAGCGGCCAGAAUCGAGGACGACCGGUCAAUGGCUUGACAACCAACAUCGGCAGACCCAGCAAAUCUCCUCAGUCAGUCUGGCAGCAGAUUUUACGUGGAAUAUCAAAUUUGUGAACAGAACAAAAUUUUUCUGGCUGGAAUGACCUGAUUAGCUGUUGUUGAUACUGUCAGACAGUGAGGCGAACAGAUCUGGAAGAGAUAUUUACCCCUGUCCAGUUGGACAUUCAUUGGAGGAACAUUGGGGGUUUUUCUCGAUGGACAUACAAUGUUUUAUCAAUUAGCCAACAGCGAAAAGGAAGUUUUGUCUGAUAGACAAUUUUUGUGUUUAGAAUCCAAAAGCUAACAACUUUUAACAGUAGUGAAAAAUGUGGCUUGAUACAGUACCGAUGUUAUGUAAACUUUUUGAGUCCCUGUGGGCGCACUAUAGCGUCCAUGGACCACAUUUUGAUAACUCCUUAGAUGCAUGCUGUAAAGAACGUGAGGUAUAGAAAGAGUUGACACCAAAUUUGGUAACUGAACUUCAGGGUUUAAUGAAGUUGGAGGCCAUCUUGAUUGAAGUUCUGCGCCACUAUUCUUCUCCAUUGAUAAUUUUUAUAGUGCACUUGCAACUGAGAAAUAUUUUAAUUGAAAAUUUUCAUUUCUUGUAGUUUUAUAAACUGGGGAACUUAUAGGUUGAGACACUUUUUUGACAGUAUAAAUUACAAAUGACGAAGACCAUAGGAAACGGGACAGCAAUUGGUAGAGGCCUUUGAUUGACAAGAGGGAAUCAUAUUUGUACACAGAGUUGGAGACACAGUAUAUACUGUGAUAGUUUAAGGGUGUAAAGUUCACAAAAUGAUACAGCAACAUUCAUACAGGAGACUGCAAAGGAUUUACUCAAGUAAACUGAUUAUAUUGAUGAAAAACCUUGGUGUAGUUACGAUAUGUACAUGAUCAAAGAGGAAUUUAUUUUGGAAGACUAAUGCAAAAAUAUUUCUGAAAAAUGCUCUUGUUCAGUUAAGGUGGCUCUACCCAACUGCUGGCCAGACAUUGACCGCUUAAAGAUUGACAAACUGACCAUACAGGAAAUGACCACUGAUGUUGACAAAUUAACUGUACAGGACCUGGCUGACCAUAGAGACCAACUUACUGUGUAGAGACUGGCUGAUGGUACAGACUUGUUGACAGUAAAUAUUAGCUGACUGCGCGACUGACGACAGUAGAGAGUUGGCCGACAGUACAUCUAGAGACUGGCUGACGGUGGCUGACAGUAGAGACUGACUGACUCUGGCUUACAGUAGAGACUCACUGACUCUAGCUGACAGUAGAGACUGGCUGACCAUGGCUGACAGUAGAGACUGACUGACUCUGGCUUACAGUAGAGACUCACUGACUGGCUGACAGUAGAGACUGACCGACUCUGGCUGACAGUAGAUCUAGAGACUGGCUGACUGUGGCUGACAGUAGAGACUGACCGACUCUGGCUGACAGUAGAGACUGGCUGACUGUGGCUGACAGUAGAGACUGACCGACUCUGGCUGACAGUAGAUCUAGAGACUGGCUGACCGUGGCUGACAGUAGAGACUGGCUGACCGUGGCUGACAGUAGAGACUGGCUGACUUUGGCUUACAGUAGAGACUGACUGACUUUGGCUGACAGUAGAGACUGGCUGACUCUGGCUGACAGUAGAGACUGGCUGACUGUGGCUGACAGUAGAGACUGGCUGACUGUGGCUGACAGUAGAGACUGGCUGACUCUGGCUUACAGUAGAGACUGGCUGACUCUGGCUGACAGUAGAUCUAGAGACUGGCUGACUGUGGCUGACAAACUGUCUGAUUAUAGCCGACUCAUUUGUUGACUACAGACUGGCUGACCACUGGGAGAUUUAUGGAGCUGUGUUGGAGAGAUCAGGGCAGCAGUGGAUGAUCCACUCCCCUAUUACCACAAGGUUGAAUGGCUACACUGACGGAAACAUGUCGUAUCGUAUGUGUGUGCAUAGUGCAUGUAACUUAUCAACACCUGCGCCGGGAGCAAAUCAAAGGCCACUCUCCCUGUACUUGCCCUUCACACACCCAGCGACCUUGAUGACCUAAAGGAAAGGUCGUAACUAGUCGGGAGCUGGACGUCACCAUGACGAUGGUUGUUGGGUAGAGAGGGAGACUUGCGUUUGUUUUACGAAGGCGUGGCAGUGUUCAGUUUUAGUUCUGACAGAAUCCUUUUUCCUCUGUACAAAUGUCUUAUAGUGACACUCUUGACUGAUGUCUUACUGUGCUUGGUUCCAUUAUGUGCGAUGUCUUGGCUGAGAGAUAUGAUUUUUUAUAGUUUUUUUUAUAUAUAUAUUUGUUUUGUAUUGCUUGAGACUGAGCCUGGGUGACAAAGUUAGUAUAUAUAUAUAUGUAUGUAUACAUAGCUAUACAUAUAUCUCUGUAUACCUAUGUAUAUAUAUGUGUAAUAAGUAUAUAGUGAGAGUGUGUAUAUAUAAAUAGAUUUAAUGGUUACGCAUGAUUUGUCAGCCUCCGAGAUUUGACCUUAAAAAAUUGUAUCCCGUAUUUAUGACCAGUCAACAUUGAGAAUGAACAAAGGUUCAUUCAAAUUGUCACAAUUAAUAUUUAUCUUGUUUUAAUUGUAUAUACUAAGAUAGGGUUAAAUAGAGAUCUGUUCUGAACAGACAAAUGCUUUCCUUGGAAUCCAGUGUGUACGUUGGUAACAGCCGAACCGGGAGGCUGACUUAUUCUGUUCCCCAGUCAUGAUCUGAGGCGUGGAUGAUAUGUAUGUGUGUGUGGUGUGGAGCUCAUAUGCAUGUGUAAAAUGUUACAUGUGUGAAAGGGUCUGGCUGUAGUUUAUUAACACACCCUAGCAAACGUGUCCACCAUUUAUAUAGGACACGAGGAGGUGCACCAGUGCAGGAGAACUGUAAAGGGAGACAACUCUUCAAUGUCUGGAGUCUUUGCCCCCACAUUGGUGCGGUACGGGAGCAGCAGGCACAGACAGGGGAGACAACUCCCGUUACAAGGGUAGAUAUAUAUAUAUACACGAGUCUCUGUACGCAGUUUAUAAUGUAGUCCCAUAAAUGUUUGUAUUGGGGCUUUGAUGGACAGGGUUUAAUGGAAAAUAUUUGAUUUUUAUUGAAUACAAAUGUGAAAGCAUGCCGAUCCUGAUAUAUAUGUAGUAGUUGGUUGUUUACUAAUAUUUACCAAUGAUCCUUAUAAAAAUCACUGUAAUGCUCGGACACAGUUUCAUGAACAAUUGGUAGAUUUCGUGCAAUUGUCAUUUCACAAAUGCAAGGAGUAAGUACAGACAAGGGGAGAUAACCCAAUUUCUUUCCUUAAAAGUGAAAUCUUAUUGUAUUGAAGGGAGAGUUUCCAAAAUUGUGAAAUGGUUUCAUCGCUUGCAAUCUUCUUACUGUGUUAUUAAAUAGCCAUUAAAAAGAUUGAAAGCUUGUAAAUGUUCUGUUAUAGAAAGGGGUGUCUUGGGGUUAAUUACGGAGUUGAAAACCCUGCUCAUCAUUACUACGCAAAGUCUCAACUUACAAAUUGCAGCUGAAGCAAAAAUAAUCUGAGUGCUAGGUGGUGAUUUACUGUGUUAUAAGGGUUGUGUUUAUCGAGAGUCUCAGUUGGAAACAGAUUUUAUUAUCAUAUAUUAUAUACAUAUAUUUAAUAGCACUAACAGAUGUUUGCCCAUGUUGUUGUAGAAACAACAUUAUCACAUUUUCAUUUCAAUUCUCAUUUCACUGCAAUAUUUCAGGUGAACAGAAACGAUGACGCAAAUGAGAUAUUUUCUAAUGUAUGUCUUUAUUUACCAUUUCAAGGAUCCUGAAAAGGCAUAUUUGUGAUUAAACCAAAACUUCAGUGCUCUCAGGCUUAUGUCAUAGGAUGGGUAGACCAGGGCGGUUGUAGAUUGGCGCAACUUGUUUACCUCAUUGGAUGGGUAGACCAGGGCGUUUCUAGAUUGGCGCAACUGGUUUACGUCAUUGGAUGGGUAGACCAGGGCGUUUCUAGAUUGGCGCAACUGGUUUACGUCAUUGGAUGGGUAGACCAGGGCGUUUCUAGAUUGGGACAACUGACUGAUGUCAUAGGACGGGUAAAGCAGGGCGGUUUCUAGAUUGGGACAAGCUGACUGAUGUCAUAGGAUGGGUAGACCAGGGCGUUUUUAGAUUGGGACAACUGACUGAUGUCAUAGGAUGGGUAGACCAAAGCGGUUCUAGAUUUGGGACAACUGACUGAUGUCAUAGGAUGGGUAGACCAGGGCGGUUUUAGAUUGGGACAGCUGGCUGAUGUCAUAGGAUGGGUAAAGCAGAGCGGUUCUAGACGGAUUAAAUUAAAUUGAUGCACAUUAUAUCUAUUCAACUUCAUAUUUUGGUAUGGUUUGCGUAAGAGAGUGGCUAUUUCAGUACUGGGGUAGGAGUCGGAGAUAGAAGCAGUGUCGAUGACUCGACUUUUGUGACAACCGUCUGUAAUGUUAGUGGUAAAGCGCAAUAUAUUUUUAUGUUGAUAUUUCCGUUAAUCUAAUUUCAAAAUACCAUAGACAUCACAGCGGGAAGAAAUCUGUAUGGUUCAGAGACUUUUUGUCAUGGAUUUGGAUGUAAGCAUUCUGCAACCGUUACUGUCAAUGAAGACCGCAUAGAGUAGUAUGAUCAUUUCUUCCUCCAAUCUUAAUGGUUUUGAAAUCUGCGAUUUUAAUUGGAACAGAGCAAAUGAAACAUAUUAAGUUAAAAUAGGGAAUGUCUACUUUUGUGAGAAAUGUUCCUGUAAAGUUUUACUAAUGUGACAAAGUUUUCUUGUAAAAUUGUGAGGCUGGUUUUCCUCUGUUAUCAAUUAAAUGUAUAUGAAUACCUGGUAUGUGUAGCAUAAAAUGAGCAAAAAAUAUUUAUAUCGGAAAAUUUUAGGGAUUUUUUUAAAGGUCUGUUAAAAGUUAGGUAAUUUUACAUCCUAGUCUUAACAGGUUAAUGGUGUUAUAUCUGAAACUGAAAACAUUUUGGAGAAAUAGGAUUUUAUAAAGUUUGGCACUGACAGGCUCAGCCACCCAGAGAUCUUCAGUGGGAAAUUACAAAAAAAAACAGACUGUUUUCAGUCCUGGUCCUUCCCAUUUUACAAUGCAAUUAAUUUUGUUAAUUUUAAAAUUGAACUGUGAAAUGAUAAUGUACAAACAGUUGACAUGUGUAAUCAUGAGCAAUUUUUUAAGAUUCUGAUUGUGACUAAGUGAUUAUGUUGCACAACUCGCAGUGAUCAUGUUGUAUUUGAAACAAAAAAUGAUUUGUAAAAACGGAAAACUGUACUGAUUGACCCAAAGGGAAGUAAAAUUUUGGUCACAGCCUUCUGACAUGUUGUAGCUAGAUCGCUGCCGAUUUCUGAUGUUUAGUUAAAAGUUUGUACUGGAGGGAAAUCGAGGUUAGAGUCACGACCUUCCGACAUGUUCUGGAGGGAAAUCGAGGUUCGAGUCACAGCCUUCUGACAUGUUCUGGAGGGAAAUUUAGGUUCGAGUCACAGCCUUCUGACAUGUUCUGGAGGGAAAUCGAGGUUCGAGUCACAGCCUUCUGACACAAUCUGACCAGAUCUCUGCUGCUUUCUGAGGAUGAAAGUGAUAUUUAAUGAUCUGCUGAAAGAAAACACACAAAUAUUAUUAAAUUAUUUUAAAGUGGUCUUAUAAUUGGCUAAGAUGCUCUUUAGGCCGUUAAAUUUGGUUUCAUAUGUCAUCAGUUACAUAAAGCAUGUAGAAAGUAGGAAAGUUUGGUUUUAUAUGUCGUCAAUUUAUAAAAAAAAAAAAAGCAGGCAGAAAAUAGGAACAAUUUUAAUGAAAGUACAAAUUUUGUCAAUGACGUCUGGCAGUAAUAAACUUUUGAGAACUGAUGUCGCUUGUUGUACUCGGCUGAUUUUUGAACACUUUGUCUUCAGUAAACAGCCUCGAUAUUGCUGGCAUUUCUUCAAACAUUCUGUUCUUGUCUGUAGAGGUCCGGCAGGCAGUUGUUUCCUGUAUAAGGCCAUUGUUCUGGACAUGCUGACUCUGUCUCGGACAAAGGCUUGGCUGUCACCUGGAGUUCUCUCCCCUUAGGUUGAUCUGUACAGUGUCUUGUUGACACAGUGAAGUUUUAUAUUGGUGUAUAAACAUAUUUGAUAUGCAUUUUUUUAUGUAAGUUUUUCUGGACCUGUUAUACCUACAAUAACCACAGGGAUGUGAUUUGGAAGUAAAUUAAACUCAUAAUUCUGAGCAGCCAUUCUGGAGACAUUUCAUCUCAAUUAAAGGAGAUCAAAAACUCAUUAUAUAUUAUUUUCUAACUUGCCGCUUUUUUAUUAUUAUUUUUUUAAUUAAUUGAUGUUAUUGUUUUUUUCAACACUGACUCAAUCACAGGGACUUGGCACAAAUUUCCAGUGGAUAGUCCAUAUAUAGUUUAUUUGGAUACAUAUAUGAACCCUGGACUGGGAACUAGUGUCACACCCCUGUGUCUCUGGCUGUAGUUCACUUUGCAUUUAGACAAGUUGUACUUCAGGGCUGGAUUUUGGAGGAUGAAAUUUAUAUUAGAAUUGAUCUUGAAUAUAAUUAUGUAUCUUAAUUCAUCAGCAGUCUGAAUAUUAUCUGUCUGGAUUCAUUAUACUUAGUUUGGUUUACUGUAAACCGUAGCUUACCUGUAAUUGUGGGCUAGAUCAUCUUCGACUUGGGGCCUUUCUCGGUGUUUCGACCAAUCUUUUGACCAAGCUUUCCUUUCAAAUUUAAAAAAAAAGAGAGAGAAUGUUUUGUUGCCACAUUAAAUCUUUUGUUUCUACCAAUUUUAACAUAGUGAAAUAGUUUGUCUACUCAGCUAUUUUUACAUUAUAGGUCAUAGAAAAAUAUUUUAAAAACAUUUUCAUGGCAAUAUUCAAGUCAAUUAUCACAUUUUGAAAUUGAAAGUUUGUUAAAAGUCAUUUUUAUUUCUCAUACGCAUUUUUGUCACAGUUCAAAAACAAUUUUAGCAAUUGUAAAUGAAUUUUUUUUUUCAAAAUUCACACGAAGAAUGAUGACUGAGAAACUGUUGUGAUAUUUUAGAUUUGACUUUGUCUAGUUUAAAUCUAUAGAUAAUGAUUCCCUGGGCCAUAUACUAGAGGCUUGUAGUCCUCUGUCAUUAAAACAGUGAUUGUGAGACUGGGACUACACUUAAAUAUUGGUUUUCUCAUUGGAGCUGUUGUACCUAGGUGAAUUAGUCGAGUACCGUCUUUGGGUUCUUGAUCGGUAAAUAAUGACAGCCUCGUUUUCACCCAUCAGGUGUCGUAUGACAGCCUCAUUUUCAGAUAUGAUAGGAUAUCUUAUGACAGCUGCGUUUUCACCCAUCUGACGUCUUAUGACAGCCUCGUUUUCACUCUAUAGACGUCUUAUAACAACCUCAUUUUCAUUUUUCAGACUAUUGGACAUCUUCUUAUUAUGGACUUAUUUUCACCUAUCAAACGUCUUUGACAGUCUCGUUUUCACCCAACAGACGUCUUAUGACAGCCUCAUUUUCAUCUAUCGGACUAUUGGACAUCUUAUGACAGACGCGUUUUCAUCCAUCAGACCUCUUAUGAUGGCCUCGUUUUCAUCCAUCAUACCUCUUAUGACGGCCUCAUUUUCACCUAUAAGACGUCUUAUGACAGCCUCGUUUUCGCCCAUCAGACAUCUUAUAUUUAUGUGUGGGGAGAUGUUUAAGGCUGAACUGUAAUUAUUGUUCUUUCGUAUCUCCGACUGAGUGAGAGUUGACAAAUUACGAAUUGGCGUGCAAUAUUUAUGUCAAUAUUUUUUUGUUGAAGUUGGAAAUUGGAUUAUUAUUAUUGAUUAUUAUUAAUAUUCUAUGUAGAAAUUGAUUUGUAGUUACCUGGUUUGAAAGGAAGGACAGCCUCCUAGUGCCGUUUAAUGCGGUUUCUGUUUUCUGAAAGUGGCAACUGUCGGUAUCGGAGAGAAACUCUUCUGGGAUCACGUCAUGUCAAAGUAAAACAAUAAAACCUGAAUGUCGUAUA